AUGAUGAUGCUGAUGAUGCUGAUGAUGCUGAUGAUGCUGAUGAUGAUGGCUAGAACGGCGCUGUCAACACUCUUCCUCACCUCUCAAGCGUGUCCUACAAGUGACAAACAUAUUCUGUCCCGUGCAGGUGAGUGGAUGUGUGCUGGCUAUGGGAUGGGUUGCGAACUCUAUCGCGUUGCCGAUGGAAUACCGGCCGAUACGCACGAGGGCAAAUCAGCUGUGCCUGUGGUCGAUCCGGCUUGCUCCCGUUGUUGUCACGCAUGGGAUGUGGCUGUGGAUAAAGGUCAGGUAGCUCUCCCACCACUGACCAGAUCGCAAAGCGGUGUCAAAUACAUGCAAUACCUUAAUCAAUGCCUAUCUGCCAACACACCGCAGUGGCGGACUCGUCAAAAACUACCCUACGGCAGUGAAGAGCUGUCCAGACUGGAACAGGUUGGUGUCGAGGCCCUCAAGGGCGGCUGCUUGCACAUUGCCACAGUCACUUGGUCAAUACGGUAA